AUGGCUCCCCUCCGCUCUGCCAUGCCAGUCUCAUCCUUAUUUAGCUUAGUUUGCUUCCCUCAUAAUUUUAACAAGUUAUUUUUGGCAAACAAGAAGACUUUCGAAUCAAUGAAGACAGCGACGACGAUGACGACGGCCCUCGCCGUCGUGCUGGCGGCGCUGGCCUUGAUCAUGGGCGCCCGCACCGUCGACGCGGCGGUGGCGGACACAUGCAAGGCGGCCGCGGCCAGCGACGUGCGCGUCAACGUGGACCUGUGCAUGUCGAAGCUCGGCAGCCACCGCGGCAGCCUCGAGGCGGCGGACGCCUGGGGCCUGGCCAAGGUGGCCUCGCUCGUCGGCGUCGACAACGCCAACCUCGCCGCCGCCGACAUCAAGGCCCAGGAGGCCGCCGACCCCAACGUGCGCAUGAAACCCGCGCUCGCCAAGUGCGGCACGCUCUACAAGGACGUGGGCAUGUGCUUCGCGGGCGCGCACGACCAGAUCAACAACCACGCCUACCCCGCGGCCAAGCAGAGGCUCGACGAGGCCCUGGCGCAGACGCAGCUGUGCAACGCCGCGUUCGCGGCCGCCGGCGUGACCCUGCCUCAGCCGCUGGCCCUGCACACCGUCGACUGCAUCCAGAUCGCCAUCAUAGCCGGCGCCAUCACCAACCUUAUCAAGUGA